AGAGUUGCUAUAGCAACCUCACAGCUGUGCUCUGUCUAGCAGAAACUCGGGAUACAGAAAAACAGCAAAUGCAAAUCAUGGAUGAAAUUUAUAAGAUCACUUCCACAGAAAGGGUCCAGCUGUUGGAGAAAAAACUGGCUGUGCAACUGACUGAACUGAAGUCUGAGAUAGAAGAGCAGGGAGCUCUUCAGGGAACAACUAAUCGAGUUUACAGCUCUGUUCAAACGCCAAAGGAUAUUUAUUACUUUAGAAGAGAGAGGGAACUGGCACUGAAGAAAACCUUACAGGUGGCCGAGUCGAAGUCCUUUGUUGUUCAGGCGGACAUCAUGCAGAGGGAGCUAGAGAGCUGCCUAAGAAGGGAGUACACCCCUGAAAAUUUACCUUUGCUUCUGUUGCAGUAUUACACAGAAAGAAUUACCCAGCUGGCCCAGAGUAAAUAUUUACACAUGCUUAGGUGGAAGAGGUUUUGCCAACACAGUAAGAUCAUGGAGCAACUUUAUCCUCUUUACAAGAAACAAGUUGGCUACAUUAUGCAGGAGUACAAUGAUGCCCUUCAGAGAGCUGAAAGAUUGUCUGUUGCGCGAGAAAACUUCCUCAUGGGAAAAAGCAAUCCUCCUAACUUAGUGACACAGGAAGAUCUGACUGUUUAUACAAAGUGGUUAGUGUGCCACCUGCAGUCUCUCAGGACUGUUCACCAGUACCUGCAGGCCCUUCAGUAUUUGCCCAUCUCCAAAGUGCUAAGUGUAGCUGUCAACCAAGUCGCUGAAGUUGGUCAGAAAAAUGAAAAGGUCUGUGUCAAUGACAUUGACCCUGACGUUCAGGGUGCUGCGUCUCCUGACCCUGUGGAUGCCAGCAUUUCUGGGCUAAUGAGAACAGAAGCUGCUUUUGUCCUCCCCCAACACACAACAGAAACAGGAGAACUGAAACCUCAGCUGAAGCUCCUGCUGUCCCAUUUCGAUAUCCCAUAUGACGUGGAAGAGCUAUGGGACUCUGCUAAGGAAAUGGAACUUUUUUCCUUGGUUUCCCAAAAAUUUCAAAGCAUCUUCAUGGAGCAACAGAGAUUGCAAACGUUUCCAGACUAUGAAGCUGGAAUAGCUAAAGCAGAUAAUUUGGGCUUGGCAGGACCCAGAAUGACCCUGAAAAAGAGAGCCAACUGGAUUUCCUUCCUAACGAUCAAGCCAAAAUGUGAUCUGUGGCAAAGGAAGCUUUUGACUAAAUUAAAAGAACGGAGAAGAACAGAUGCAUUAUUGCAACUCCAAGCAAAAUUUUUGAAGAUUUCCAACCCUGAGCGAGUAAUGCAAGUGCUCCAAGAUCAUGCUGCAAAGAUAGUCAUGCUGGCUCCACAUCAUCCAUCCUUUGUGGCUUCCCAGGGUUUGCAUCAGUGCGACUAUGACCAAGUCUGGGAGAAUAUUUACAGCAACAUCAACCUCUGUCAGAAUAAAAAUAUGAAGGAUGAUGACCUCUCCAUGAAACAAAAUGGAAAUGAUCUAUCACAAAUAAAUCUCAGCCAACAUGCUAAUGGGCCUCUCGAGCAGAUACAAGAGACGGGGUACAACUAUGCAAUGACCCUACAACUGCUGGGCUUGGAUGACGGCACUGAGCCCAGUGAUAGGAAUCCUGUCCUGAUGAGAGGGGCCUACUUGUCUUUUCUGUAUCUGCGCCAUCUUCGAAUCAGAGAACUGCAGCGCAUCUGCUUAGGAAUUCUGAAUUAUUUCAGAUCUGUUGAGCGAACCCUGACAAUCAACACUUCGGGCCUUACCUUGGUUUCAGGGAAACUGGUCCCCACCAUGGAAGAUAGUUCCUGGGUAAAUAUGGCAAAAGGAGGUCUGGGCACCUCGCAGGGCCUGGGCGCUCACCACUAUGUCCAUGAGACGCCUGCUGAGCACAAGUGUGAAAUAUUACUGUUAAGUGUUGUUCAUAUGCACACAGUCUAG